CUUCUUUGGUGAUGUUAAAAGUUCCAGCAUUCAGACAGUGCACUGAAACGCAACACAGGCCACGUGACCAAAAGCAGGAAGUGAGUUGAUUGUCAACAGCAAACGAAGUUCGAGAUGGCCUCUUCAGAUUGGCACCUGUCCCUGAAGCUGGUGGAUCAGCCCAAAUCCACUUUCCACUUCCCAGAGAUGAUGCCAGGGGACGUCCCACCUGGAGGAUACAGAGUGGCCACCUUAAAGCAGCUGGUAGCAGCUCAGCUUCCGGACUCCGUCCCGGACCCUGAACUAAUAGAGCUGGUUCACUGUGGCCGGAAGCUAAAGGAUGAUCUGACGCUGGAUGCCUGUGGAGUUCAGCCAGGAUCCACCUUACAUGUCCUCAAAAGGAUGUGGCCAGAGCCAGAGAGCAGUCCAGAACCUGUGAACAGAGCAACUGCAGCUCGGGAGUUCAAGGUGUUCCACGCUGCUCUUCAUUCUCUCAGCUCAGCCUAUAGAGACUCCGUUUAUAAAAUGCUGACGAACAAAGAGUCCCUGGAUCAGAUCCUCGUGGCCACACCUGGGCUCAGGUCCGACCCGGUUGCUCUAGGAGUGCUUCAAGACAAAGACCUGUUUGUGCAGUUCACAGACCCAAACAUGCUGGACAUAUUAAUCGCUUCACAUCCGGCUCUCGUCAACGCCAUCAUCCUGGUUCUGCACUCGGUGGCUGGCAGCAUGCCCGCCCAGUCCAGCGCCAGCUCCUCUCGCAACGUCUCUGCCAGUUCCUAUAGCGACAUGCCAGGAGGCUUCAUGUUUGAGGGCAUGUCAGAUGAUGAGGAGGAAUUCCCGUCCGGGAGUCCAGCCGGACCCUCGAACCGAGGCAGCCUCUCGGCAGGAGUCCGACCCGUGUCUCUGGGCCACAGCGGAGCAGCAGGUCCUCGACCCAUAACGCAAAGCGAGCUAGCAACUGCGCUGGCCCUCGCUAGCACCCCUGACAGUAGCGCUGUUACCCCGACAACAUCAAGCCAGGUGGACCCGUCUGGUGGCUCAGCCCCCAUGCCAGCUGGCACCCCAGUCAGCAAUGAUCUCUUCAGCCAGGCUCUACAACAAGCUCUGCAGGCCACCAACAUGUCUGCUCUCCAGGGCCGCUGGCAGUCCCAGCUGCAGCAGCUCAGGGACAUGGGGAUCCAGGAUGAAGAGCUGAUGCUGAGGGCGCUGCAGGCCACAGAUGGCGACAUCCAGGCUGCCCUGGAGCUCAUAUUUGCUGGAGGCCCGGGUCUCUAAGGCCAAACCCCCACGGACGAAGCCCAACAUGGAGACUGAUCUACUUCACAUCAGUGAUGGAGAAAAUAGGACUUGGACUUGAGUGUUGCCUCGUUCUCGAACAUUAACCAGUUUCAGCCCAGAUCCACGGCUUCUUCUUCUUAAAGUGCUCUCCGAUAAUAAAGUUUACAGCUUCGGUCUUAUUUCACUUCAGAUAUCAUUCAUUAGCUGUUUACUCUGUAAACAGACAUCAACAAAGAAAACAGCAUUUAUUUUGAAGGUAAAUGGAUGAUUAAUAAGCUGCACCUUUCAGAGUAAGAGGACUCACCUACAGCAGGGGCGGCCACCCCGCGGCUCUUAGGGUCGUAUCUGAGUUUGUGUUUUUAAUGUGUGUGUGUGCAUGUGCGUGCGCGUGUGUGCACACCUUCAGAGUGCAUCGUUGGAGAGUGACGCCGUUGCUGUGUGUGAUCUACUUCUGGUGCCUCAUGUAUAAAACCUGCUUAUGCAAAUACGGGCUGAGAUAAAUGUUCAAAACGAAUAAAACAUUUUGGGAUUCAUGAAAACAAACAUGACCGUAUAUAUUUUGAACGUUGUGUGCGCGAGACAUGAAACCACAGUGCAGCCGGUGAGAUGGCAAAAGGAUCAAUUUAAGAUCUGUAGACCUUCACGGAGACACACACACCCAACACUCAGGUUCCUUUCAACAUUGAAGCAAAUUAUCUGAGAGGUUGGCUGAUGUUGCUUUGAUAGGAUGAACAACAUUUCUUUGGAUUAAAUAAAGUUUCAUUAAACAUC